AUGGCCAAGUUUGACCUAUCGAAUCUGCGGAUGAUGACUUCCGGCGCGGCUCCACUCACGCAGGAGCUAAUAGAGGCCGCGUACGCUCGCAUCAAGUUCAGCACCAAGCAGGACUACAGGCUCAGCGAGACUAGUCUACUACGCACACGUAGUUUUAACCUAGUAGCAGCGGAGUGUCUGUCUCGUGACGUUUGGUUCCGCACCGGAAACGUCGGCGAACAGAAUGCGAAGGAAAAUUUUCAGAUCGCGGAUCGGGUCAAGGAGCUCAACAAGUCCCAAGGGUUUUUAAGUGCUUCCCGCGAAGAGAAAGAAAAUCCUAGUCGACGAUGA